AUGGGGCAGAGCCCAUCCCUCACCGCGCCAUGCUAUGCAGCGCGGGACGGCCUGAACCCGGAUUUCCCCGAGGCUGAUGUCGAAGCCCCAUCGCCGUCGCUUGCAGACACGGAGACGUCCCCAGAAAGCGACGGAUGCUUCGCUUCCGCAAGCACGCAAACAGAUGAAUUUGGAGCCGGUGUCCGCGGUGGAAGUCCUGAGACGAGGUCGUGUCAUGACAUCGUGACACCUCAAGGAAUCGACACGUCGCCAAUGCCUGUGAGACCUGUCCUGGUAGAAGGGCCACAGAAAUUCUUGGCUCCUCGAUUCCCAGAAUCUCCGGCUCACCCUUCGGUCGCGCAGAGCAGCCUGUGCUCGGAUCAAGGCCCACUACCCCUCCGAGUGAUGUUCAACAGCAGUCAGGAUCGAUGCCGGCAGCAUCGACGACAUGCGCUGUCCGAACCACCAAUGAGGAUCCGUGGUGCCAGCAAGAACCUCACGGCUUGCAGGCAUGGUCCGGACGGAGCUGCAAAAGCUGACAGGCUGGUGCACAUCAUCCGACGGGAGCGGCGCACUCACAAAAGAGUGCUGGACUUCCUCGCAGAGCACGGCUUCAAAGGAGUGGACGAUUCUCGGCGCCAACGCCUAGGCUACGCUCGCUGGUGUCCUCUGCAUGCAGCUGUGACCGAGUACGAUGCCGAAAUGGCAGAAUGGGCAUGGUCUGACAGCGAGCGAACUUGCCCUGCGAUCAUGAUCACCAUGAUCCUUAUUGUCAGACCAAAACAGGUGACCGGCGUGGAUUUGACGUGCUUGCAGUGUUGGAAGCACACGAGCUGCGGCGAAGCAGAUUCCGCGAGGGAAUGUGUUCGGUGGCCGACCUCGUGCGUUGAAGACAGGCGCAGGCAGGAAGGAGCUGCUCUUGCCGGCUGUUCGUCGGCUGAGAGGUAUGCCACGUUGGUCAUCUCUGUCAUCGUGCCCAUGCACGGUGUGGGUCCUGGCCGGCGAUACGGCAGCCACCCGGUAGGUCUGCAUGAUCUCCUGACGUCUCUCCAGCGCAGCCCGUGCCUAGUGGCCCUUCGUCGAAAAGAGCGGAGACUGCAACUCAGGUAG